GCACUUGGUCAUUCCCAACAACACUCUGUACUUCAUCUAUCAUCUCCUUUUCGGUGCCACGUUCCGAAAUUUUCCGUAAUCUCUCUCCCUUCAUCCCCGAAAACCCUAAUCCCGAGAAAAUAAAAAACCUCUUCAAAUUCCCAAUUUCCGGAUCCGUCCCACGACGGAUCGCGAUCUUUCUCUGUUUCUAAAGUGAAGAUUUGAUCAAUUAAAGGUCAAUCUCACAAUUUUCUUAUAAGUUUACCGGAGAUCCUUGCGAUUUGAAUACGACCAGCGUGGUUAAGGAGAUCACCACUUCUCGUUUGCGUUUAAUUGAGGCUUCGGUGUUGUUUGGUCUUUGGGAAUUAGGGUCUUUGUUUUUUCAAAAUGGAUUCGAGCAGGAGAGCUGUUGAAUCCUACUGGAGAUCGAGAAUGAUUGAUGCUGUGACGUCUGAUGAGGAUAAGGUUGCGCCUGUUUACAAGCUUGAAGAGAUUUCCCAGCUCCUGCGCUCAUCUAAUAGCAGUAUCGUGAAGGAGGUCUCUGAGUUUAUCUUGAAGCGGCUUGAUCAUAAGAGUCCUGUCGUUAAGCAGAAGGCACUGAGGUUGAUAAAAUAUGCAGUGGGAAAAUCUGGUGUGGAGUUCAGGAGGGAAAUGCAAAGAAAUUCUGUGGCAGUGCGUCAAUUGUUCCAUUACAAGGGACAGCCAGAUCCUCUGAAGGGGGAUGCUCUUAACAAGGCUGUGCGGGACACUGCUCGUGAGGCUAUCUCUUCUAUCUUCUCUGAGGAGAAUAGUAAACCGGCACCUGCUGAAGACCUUAACAAACGAAUACAAGGAUUUGGGAAUACAAACUUUGAAGCACCAUCCGAGGAUAAGAAAUCAUUUAUCACUGAGGUGGUAGGUCUUGGAAGUGCAUCCAUAAAGCAGGGAAUUAGUAGUUUCACACAAGGUCAUUCACUGAAGAAGUCUGACAAUGGAAGCUACAAGAGUCCAAAUCUUCGAAGGUCAUUAACCUCAGAAACCAGCUACUCAGACAGAUAUGAACCAGUUAAAUUAAACAAUGAUACUCAGAGUAAAUUUGGGAUUUCAAAAGACAUCUCAAGCGGGCCAUGGAGUGGGGAUUCAAGAGUUGGUAGGAGUGGAACAGAAAGUGGGGAUUCAAGUGCAAGUUAUGCUGGGAGUAAGACUCGGGAGGAGAAGUUGUUGGAAACCAUUGUUACAUCUGGCGGUGUACGUUUGAAUCCCACUCGAGAUGCUAUCCAGGUUUUCCUUGUUGAGGCUGCAAAACUGGACGCAUUGGCUUUAAGUCAUGCCCUUGAAUCGAAGCUUCAAUCUCCAAUGUGGCAGGUUCGCGUGAAAGCUGUAUGUGUCCUUGAGUCCAUUUUAAGGAAAAAGGAAGAUGAACACUUUGCAACUAUUGCUUCUUAUUUUAGUGAAAACAAAGAUGCCGUGAUCAGAUGCUCGGAAUCUCCUCAAUCUUCCCUGAGGGAGAAGGCUAACAAGGUUUUGAGUCUCUUUGAUGGAGGACAAAGAAGUGGCUUUGGAGGUGGUUCAGAAAAAGUAGUCAAGGCUGACACUGCUGUUGUUCACAUGCCCGACCUAAUUGAUACUGGUGGUCCUGAUGAUUAUUUUGGAACAGAGGAUUCUGCAAAGAGACCAACUCCCGAAAAAGUGGCAAAUUCUGCAGCAACAGAAACUGCUCUAAUUGAUGAUUUGUUUGGGGAGAGUCUGGGCACAACUGUAAGCAACAGUGAACUGAAAAAUGUUGAUGAUCCCUUUGCAGAUGUCUCCUUUCACACUAAUGAAGAUAGAGAAUCUGGAGAUGAUCUGUUUUCCAGCUUCUCAGUUGAUGACAAGCUGGCUGAUGAUAAAAGUAGCGCGGCUGCCAAUAAAAGUGAACAUGAAUUAUUUGAUAUGUUUGGGUCAAGUUCUGAACUUAAGCCAGAGGAAGAGAAACACAGAGAACCCAUUAAUGAUUUGAUGGCCACCUUGUCCCUUGGUGAGAAUUCCACAAAGAUGGAGCCAAAAGGAAACUAUUCUCAGACAGUGGCUGAAAAUAUGUUUCCAACUUCAAACUUUCAUGCGAGUGGUCAGACCUCUGACAAUGCUUUUACUGGCAUGCUUGGUACUCAAACAGCCGGGAUGAAUACAAAUCCAAUAUUUCCAUUGGGCAUGCCAUAUAAUAUUCCUCCUGGACUGUUUCUGAAUCCAUCUUUUACCUCUCAGCCAAUAAAUUAUGCUGCCAUGAGCAAUUUGCUUGCUCAGCAGCAGUUCCUAGCCACUAUGUCUAAUUUCCAACAUCUUGGGAGCCCGAAUGCUCAGAAUACUGGCAGUAAUCAGGCCACUGGAUCGAGUAGAGGUUCAGCACCCAUCCCUGAUAUUUUCCAAUCAAAUUUUCCUGGGCAUGCUCCAAGUUCAGUGAUGAACAAUUCAAAAAAGGAGGAGACAAGAGCAUUUGAUUUUAUCUCUGACCAUCUUGCAUCAGCUCGUGAUCAAAGGAGGGUUGCUUAAAAUCACAUUCAUGAGCCUCUUGGUGUUUUGGUGAUACCUUAUUUAUUUGAGGCAGCCUGAAUCUAUGGGCUACUGUUUUCUUAUACAUAGAGAUUGCCAAGUCUUCUGUUAUAUUUUCUAUUCUUAGCAACCCUUGAAGAAUUGUCUACAUGUUACGAGAUGAUGAGGAAUCCUGAAAUCACAAAAAAGAGAAAAAAGUAAACAUAGAAAUUGUUUGUAUUCCAAAUAAAACAAUAUUGAGAUGU